CCCAAAUUGGUACCGGACGUGACGUCGCUUCUCCGGCCUCCAAUCAAUAAUGUCUCCGGGAGGUGGGGGCGGGGCGCUAGUUGCCAUGGUAUCGGACGCUCAGCUCCUUUCUUGCGGCGCUCCUCGACUCCCUAGUGGAGCCGAGGCAGGAGCCUCCGCGCCCAGCCAUGAGCAGCCUGUCCGUCGGGCGGAAGCUCAGCCUGUCCCCGCACAUCCUAGAGCUCCUGGCGCUGCCCUGCUGCCUGGAGGAGCUGGAGGCCGACUGCCGGCCUUCCAUUUCAGAUGACUUAAAAGUAGGCUAUUUUAUCACAGAUCAUGCCACUCAAACAGAUAUCAAAGAAAUAGUAGAACUAAAGGAGCUUACUACUACUACACAAGCCCUAGUACAGUUCACGGACUCCAUCCAGGAAGAUUUUAUGAUCUAUAAAAAUAUCCUUCAAGCACAAUAUGAGGAAAAAAUACAAGAGCAGGCUUCGAAUCUCUGUAGACAGAUAAAUGACAGACUGAGAGACAUAGAAGCUUUUCAUAAACAGAAAGAAGUCAAAAUUCGACAAAGCUAUCAACAGCAGCUAUGUGAUGCACUUGCUGUUCUCAGGGUAGAUUAUGAGAAAAAUUAUCGCAUACAGGAAGAUACAGAUUCCUCAUUAGCAGCGAGUUGGCAGGUUUUGAUUAAGACGCUCCAGGAGAAAGAGUCUAAAAUUCAAAAAUUAGAAGCAGAAUUACAAGAAUAUCAGGAAAAUGAAGAUACAAAAAUGGUUAUUUUUGACAACGAUGAUGACAAUGAAAAAAAUAUGCUCGAAAAAGAAAAUGAGGAUUUCAGAGAAGAGGUUUCUAGACUACUUGAUAGGAUUUCACAUCUUGAAGAGUCUCUGAAACGCAGUGAAAAAGAAAAUAAUAAAUUAGAUAAGGAGGUUCGAGGUAUGCAAUUAAAAAUGGAAAAAGAUGAGAAAACUGUUCAAAAGUUAAUUGAAGCUCAAGAAAAAAUAAAGAUGGAACUUGAAAAGGAGAGGUCAUUAAAUCAAAGUGUGCUCAAAGAACAAAAAGACAUUGAAACAAAAGUGGAAAAGAAGUUAUCUGAUCUAAAGGAAAAGAUUCCAGCAUUGAAAGAAAAAGAUACAAAGAAAAAGAAGGAGACAGUGAAAAGUGGAAGUGAAAUUACAGUGCCUCAUGAGAGCAGAGAAUCACAAAAGGGAUAUCACAAGCAGCAACAGAAGAAGAGUCCUAGUUAUAAGGAAGCAGAAAAAAGAGCAUUACUUGCUGAAAUUGAGAAGCUGAAGAUAUCUGAAGAUCAAGAGAAGCAACACAUACAAAGGUAUUGGUCAGAAUUUUUAAGACAUUCAUUUAACUCUAUAAAUAUUUUAACAUUUUGUGGGUUUUUUUAUUUCAGUCUUAAAAACGAAGUUGAACAAAUUAACCGAAGCUGGGCAAAGAAAUUCCAAAUUCUAAAGAAAAGCCUGCAUGCCAUUAAGGAUGAGAUGUUUCUUAGACAUACUUUGUACCGUCAGGCAGCAGCAUUUAACCAUGCAUCCCUCAAUCAACCCUAUGCUGUUCCUCUCUAUAUUGAAACUGGUGCAAGACAAAUAAAUGAACGAAGGGGUGGUUUAUAUUUCCCUUUUUCACCAUUGCCCCAGAUACGUUCCGAGUCUACUGCAGCGAUGGAAGAAACAGAUCUUAAUAUUGUAAAAAUUCCAACUGGAACAGAAAUGUGCUGUUUGUAUGAAGAUGACGGGAACCACGAGGAGCUACACUCUCAGUCAUCCAGGGAACUCUAUAGUCUCCUAUAGACCUUUGGGCUAAUAGAUGUUUGGAAAUUCUCCCAACCCACUGUUAGACAGUACUUUUGACUGAAAGCUACUCCUAGCCACAUCUCAGGGGCUAGAUUGCUUUUAUACCAUGAAGGCCAGUGUGAACAUGUUUGUUCAAUCCGCAGGGGCAUACAUCGGGGUGCCCUCUGUCUGGGAUGUUAUAUGCCCUGAUUCUGGAGCUAUUUCUGUACCUCCUAAGAAGCUGUUGACUGGCCUACCUGGGCCAGGAGAGCCAGGAGCUUUCCCAGUUUGUUUGUCAACCUAUGCUGAUGACAUCUCAGUUUUUGUCAUGUCUGAAGGUGAAGUGCAGGCACUUUGUGUCUGUUUACAACUAUAUGAACAAGCAUCCUCUACCCGAAUUAACUAGGGUAAGAAUAAUUAGAUCUUAUUGGGCCCUUUGCAGUGCCGCACUCCCCUUGGUGCCUCCCCAAUUACAGUGGGGCACCUCUGGGAUUAAGGUGAUAGGGGUAUUUUUUUGUAUCUGAACAAUACAAGUUAAGGAACUGGGAGGGGACUGGAAGAGAAAGUGCAGGGCUGCCUGCAGAGAUGGCACUGGCUCUUUUCUGGACAUUCUUUUCAGGGAUGGGUUUUGAUUGCUAGCGACAUGUGGCCUCAGUGUUGUAGCGCCAGCUGCUGUGUGUGGAUCUCCAGCCUCCAGGACCAGAUUCAGCACUUUUUUUUUUUUUUAAUUUUUGAAUGCUUACCACUGGUUGGACCCUGCUUUGCUCUUCUUACUAUUAGAUGAGGGUGGCUGGGGCUUAUUGGCCUGGUCAGUAGGUUGGUGGCUUUUUGCAUCCAGCCUGUUCAGCUGCAGCUGUACUCUGACUCCCUGCUGGCCUGGAAGUCCCUUGCCCUCUCUGUCCUCCAUCGUGUUGGAGGAUGGGCUUUGACCUUCACAUUUUUUUGUUGGCACCUGUCUGAUUACAAAGUUUAGAUUUGCCUCCAUUCUGUAAUGGCCAUUUUAAUGCGUGGUGACUUCUCUGCAGUGCCCAGCCUGACCAGGCGUUUUUAGCCUACGGUCUUAGAAGAGCCACUGUUUUCAACCCAUUUUUAUGUUCUGAAGCUCUUUCUGCCAGGAGCCUGUUUUCCGCCUUUACUCAGGCUGGAUUGACCAAGCUGCCUCACCUGAUUGUUCCCUGUUUGUCAUGCUGGAAAUCAGCAGCAGCUUUUGCUGCUGAGACCAGAAACCGGUCUGUGUGGGUUUUUUGGAUAAGGUUCUUGCUGAAUUCCAGGCAGCACUCCUUAAACGGGCUACUCAGCAUUUGCAGAAAGAUUUUGCAGGAACUGUCCUUCAAGUGGGAAACCCUCUGUUCCCCUCACUGGUUGCCUUCUCUUCCGUGGAUGAGAUUCUAGUGCACCCAGGUAGAUAGUUGUCCUGGAAGGGUCUGGUAAAUGUUUGUUUUGUAGCCAUGAUCAAGAAGCAGCUCCAUGGUAUGUGUGUCAAGGGAUGGCAUUAUGCCACCCAUUCUGUUCUCCCUGAUACAACCCGGAGGAUGGCUCUGUCCCUGGGUGACUUUAUGUCCUCAGCUUGGAGGAUGCUAUAGAAACCUCCUCGUUCUAAGUGCUCUGGUGACUUUCAUUGGAGAGUCCUGCACAGCAUCAUAGCAACCAAUCAUUUUGUGACCAUAUCAGCCCCGGUGUGUCUGUGCAGUGCUCUUUCUGUUCAGCCUCAGACAUGGUGUUUCAUUUUUUCCUUCAUUGCCCCAUUUGGUUCCUCUUUUUGUUUUUGUUUUUUGUUUUUUUCAGCGGCUUUUCAACAGUCUGGGACUGGUUUUCUCCUGUUUGUUCUGGGAGCGAGAUACAGUGCUCACAUGCAGCAGGUUUCAUUCCUGGCUAACUUGUUUCUGGGUCAGGCAAAAACUAGCCAUUCUGAAAUCUCUCUAGAACUGAGUGGCCAGGGUAGAAGACUUUUGAUGUGCUAGGGCUAUUCCACAUGCAGAUUGUGGCCCAGCUGCAGAUCGAUUACACCUUUUAUAAACCUACUUUUAAUUUUUGGUCGAUUUGGUGUGUUAACAAUAUUAUGAGUGAACUUAGUGAUGAUGAUGCUUUAGUGAUUCAUGUUUAAUGUUCGCUUAAGGUAGUUUCAUUUUAUUUCAUUCAUAUCUUUCUGUGUAAAUAUGGCAAUUUUAUAACAUUUUUAGUAGUUUUUAAUGUGUUUUAUGUGAAUAAAGUGUUUUUCGUGUCAGACACACACCCUCUCUGCAUGAGGACUUUUGAU